CUGUAGGGCUCGCCACCCCUGGGCGCCCCUGCGCAGCACGGUCUGCACGGCUCCCCGCUGGACGGAGGGAGCAGUCUUGGGGUUCGGUAGCUCGCCCAAGGUCAUUCCCGGGGAAUGACAGCGCCAGGGUUCAGGCCCCGCAUGUGAUGGCCAGAGCCCACCGCCUCUCCAUCUGGUGCCUCUGGCACUUGGCUUGUCAAGUUGCAGAAGUCAUCUGUUCCACCUGGCCCCUUCUGAGUUCACCUGUGGGCACCCCAGUCCGCCAUCCCGAUCCUCUUGUGGCUCCUUGCUGGUGCUGUUGAAGGGCUUGGCUGAUCCCUGGGCCGACACUACCCUCAGGGCUCAGCUGUGGGCUCCCAGGCCUAGGCGCCCAUGACCCCUACGCUGCCCACCGCCUGGACACUGCCACCGCAAGCUAGCGCCGCUCCUGGGACCAAUGCCGGUCAUGCCCAUCCCCCGGCGGGUGCGCUCCUUUCACGGCCCGCACACCACCUGCCUGCACGCGGCCUGCGGGCCCGUGCGCACCUCCCACCUGGCCCGUACCAAGUACAACAACUUCGACGUCUACAUUAAGACGCGCUGGCUCUACGGCUUCAUCCGCUUCCUGCUCUACUUCAGCUGCAGCCUCUUCACGGCGGCGCUCUGGGGCGCGCUGGCCGCCCUCUUCUGCCUGCAGUACCUGGGCGUGCGUGUCCUGCUGCGCUUCCAGCUGAAGCUGUCGGUGCUGCUGCUGCUGCUGGGCCGCCGGCGCGUGGACUUCCGCCUGAUGAACGAGCUGCUCAUCUACGGCAUCCACGUGACCAUGCUGCUGGUUGGGGGCCUGGGCUGGUGCUUCAUGGUCUUCGUGGACAUGUGAGGGCACCGCGUGGCCCUCCCCCCAUGCUCUGCUUACCGAGCCGGCCUUCGGCCCUGUUCCGUCCUGGGUGGGCUGGUCAGGGCCCUUUUCCUCUCUGCCCCGCCCAGCCCCCGGGCGAGGUCUGCAGCACAGGAGUGAGGCGGUGCUGCCCCCGGCUCCCACGCAGGGGAAAAGGGCUGAGACUCUUCCGUGAUGGGGACACUGGCACCUUCCUCGGGCUGGCUUUCUGCGCUGACCCUCCCUGUGUGCACGUUUGGGGCAGUGUCCCCUGUGGCUGCCUGCUGGUGGCUGCUGCUUGCACUUUUUCAGGUUGCACUGGAGGGUGGCUGGUCUGUCCCGUCUGCCUCCAUGUGGGCUCCCCACCCCUGUCCUCCCUAUAGGACCACGUCUGGUGGUGACUUCAGGCGUCACCAGCAGCGUGGGAGACCCACGGAUACAGUGGGGUCUGCUGCUCAGAAGCAAAUCCAGAGGGGGACCCUCCUGGCCACACAGCCCCCUUCCUUCGCACCUCUGGUCCGGGCCUCAGCCUCAGGAAUGAGGGGGCUUCACUAGCUGCUACACCACACUGCCACUAAGCUGUUCACUCUGCCCUGGGCUACCUGGCCCUGGCAGAGCCCAAAGACCACCCUCCUCUCUCACGCUGAGGUGGGUCCUGAGUCACCUUGGUUUGCUUAGAUGCAGUUUAGCAGGGAGCCACGGAGGGGCUCAGUCUCGAGGGGAUCUCAGCAAGUUCCUAGCUCGGGGGGCCGGCUCCAGAGCAGACGGCGGCAGAUCUGUGUUCAUCCCGGACGGGGCUGUUGAGAAUGUUUAGUGAAUGCUGUAAAUCCCUUCAGAUGUGGAUUUCUGGGGAGGCAAUUCCAUUCCUUUUUGGCUUUUGGGGGAGGGGGUGGCCUCUGUUCAAGAGAACACCCAGAAUGGAGACCUCAUCUCGAGCAUCUGGAUCGGACGGCAGAGGCCUCCGCGAGGCUCUGCGCGGACCUGAGUGGGCACCACGGUUAUAGGAGCAAAUGCUCUGGGCUCCCAGCUGGGUGUCCAGUGUUGGCGAAGGGCGCGGCUGCUCCUCUGCCUUCAGUGGCGGUCAAGGCAUCUGGGAUGUCAAAAGCCAAAAUGACCGUGUGGCAGGGGCUGGUGGGCCAGGGAGGGGCACAGGGGUGGAGUU